AUGGAGGAGCCGCAGGCGGCACAACCUAAACGGCGUUCCUCAUCUAGCAAAAAGAGUUCGUCAACGGGCCCGCACUCUCACUCAACUGGGAGCCAGGCUCCACAAGCCCACUCGUCGGGUGUCGAAAAGGGGCAGCCCGGUGGAAGAAAGGCAAGAAGGGCUUCGGUUGGGGAAGCCGGGGACGCGCAGAUGACCGAGGAGAAGGACAGGGGCAAUGUAAUUCGUGGGCUCAAGGCUGCGUUGAAGAACCCCCACGUCUCGGAACAGGCCAAAGAGGCGGACCGCAAGAAGUUGAGGGACCUGGGAGAAACGGUUGAGUAA